GAGGGCCUGGCUGCGGGGGAAUGAAGCCUCCGCCUUCUCCGGCAGAAGCCUUUAAAUACGGGCUCGAGCCCGGGACUCGGGGUGCGGCGCUCGGCGGCCCGAGGGAGGGACGUGCGGCGAGGGGCGAGCAGGCGGAGCGGGGCGCGGGGGCAGGAGGGGCGGCGCGGCCCGGGGAAGGUGCUGCUCCCGCGUUCGGAGUCGGUAAGCGGUUAGUGGUACAAUCAUGUUUGAAAUUAAGAAGAUCUGUUGCAUUGGUGCGGGCUAUGUUGGAGGACCCACGUGUAGUGUCAUUGCCCACAUGUGUCCUGAAAUCAAGGUGACUGUCGUUGAUGUCAAUGAAUCCAGAAUCAACGCGUGGAAUUCCCCUACGCUUCCCAUUUACGAGCCAGGCCUAAAAGAGGUGGUCGAAUCCUGUCGAGGAAGAAAUCUGUUCUUUUCUACUAAUAUUGACGAUGCCAUCAAAGAAGCCGAUCUUGUAUUUAUUUCUGUGAACACUCCAACAAAAACCUAUGGAAUGGGGAAAGGCCGGGCAGCAGAUCUGAAGUACAUUGAAGCUUGUGCUAGACGCAUCGUGCAAAACUCCAAUGGAUACAAAAUUGUGACCGAGAAAAGCACAGUCCCAGUGCGAGCAGCAGAAAGUAUUCGGCGCAUAUUUGAUGCAAACACAAAACCCAACUUGAAUUUACAGGUACUGUCCAACCCUGAGUUCUUGGCAGAGGGAACAGCCAUCAAGGACCUGAAGAACCCAGACAGAGUCCUGAUUGGAGGAGACGAGACCCCAGAGGGCCAGAGAGCAGUGCAGGCACUGUGUGCUGUGUACGAGCACUGGGUUCCUAGAGAACGGAUCCUCACCACGAAUACGUGGUCCUCGGAGCUUUCCAAACUGGCAGCCAAUGCUUUCCUGGCCCAGAGAAUCAGCAGCAUCAACUCCAUAAGCGCCCUGUGCGAAGCCACAGGAGCUGACGUAGAGGAGGUGGCAACAGCCAUCGGCAUGGACCAGAGAAUCGGAAAUAAGUUUCUGAAAGCCAGUGUUGGUUUUGGCGGGAGCUGCUUCCAGAAAGAUGUCUUGAAUCUGGUCUAUCUCUGUGAGGCUCUGAAUUUGCCUGAAGUCGCUCGUUACUGGCAGCAGGUCAUAGACAUGAAUGACUACCAGAGGAGAAGGUUCGCGUCCCGCAUCAUAGACUGUCUGUUUAACACAGUCACAGACAAGAAGAUUGCUAUCUUGGGGUUUGCAUUCAAGAAGGACACCGGUGAUACGAGAGAAUCCUCUAGUAUAUAUAUUAGCAAAUAUCUGAUGGACGAAGGUGCACACCUCCACAUCUAUGAUCCGAAAGUACCCAGGGAACAAAUAGUUGUGGAUCUUUCUCAUCCAGGCGUUUCAGAAGAUGACCAAGUGUCCCGACUCGUGACCAUCUCUAAGGAUCCGUACGAUGCUUGUGAUGGGGCCCAUGCUGUUGUCAUUUGUACCGAGUGGGACAUGUUCAAGGAACUGGACUAUGAACGCAUUCAUAAGAAAAUGCUGAAGCCAGCAUUUAUAUUUGAUGGACGACGUGUCCUGGAUGGGCUCCACAGCGAACUCCAAACCAUUGGCUUCCAGAUUGAAACAAUUGGCAAAAAGGUAUCUUCUAAGAGAAUUCCAUAUGCUGCUUCUGGUGAAAUUCCCAAGUUCAGUCUUCAGGACCCACCUAGCAAGAAACCUAAAGUAUAGACAUUGCCAUUUUUAUUUGUGAUUUUUGUUUUUCUUUUUGGUACUUCAGCAUAGCAGAUCUCUAUCUGAGAUUACAUGAUAAACGAACCAAGUGUUUUUAAGGAAACAAAAUUAUUUUUUUAAUCAUUAAAUAUAUAUACUAGCUCUAUGGAUAUUAGCACAUGGUAAUUAUGAGUCUAGACUAUUUUUUACCUAUUUUUAUAAUAUUAGCUCAGUGGUUGGCUAAGUGGAAAGUAAUUAUGUGGUUUUCAUGAUACCCGUUUUUAUAAAAUAAAAAUUAAACUUCAGUUGUUUUUAAUUCACUAAUUGUUCAUAGUCAGCCUUUUAGUAACACAUAUAAAGGAAAACGCUCUCUUCAGUUCCCCAGUGAUCAGUUUGUCAGUAAAUACGUGUUUUGAAGCCCUGAGAUUCCCAUGCUGAAUAGACUUUAUAAGAAUGGUCUGGUUAAUAUGUCUUUGUUACUUUGUUUUAAUUACUUUUUAGCUCAAGGAGAUGAUCGCUGUUUUUUCCCGGUUUCUCUAACUGUGGUGAAAAUGAUUUUUGUGGUUUAUUCAGUGUAAAGGGAAUGUCAGUAGUACGUAUGGUCUAUUUCUUGCCCUUGUAUUUCUCGGUUUUCCUCUGGUCGUUAUUUUCGUAGUUCAAAGGCCAAAAAUAUUUGUUACUUUGAUUUGCAUUUUUAUUUCUAUGUUUACCUGUAAUUUUUAAAAAUGAAAUAAGGAAACCAAUGUCAUCUCGUAUAUAAACUUGGAGUAGACAUUACACACCGCAUAUAGCACCAUUCUAAAACAAGAGUUUUUGUGUA